AAAUUUUUCAGAUUACUUUUUAAUUAGAUAUAAAUAUUUGAAAAAUGAGUCAUCGUCUUAAAAAAAAAGAUUCUCCUUCCAGUCUUGCAUUUGUUCCAGACAAAAUAGAGUUGCUGUUGAAAAUAUAUCAAGAGCUGAAUCUUGAUGUCAAAGAUUUAAAGGAUUGCAUUAGUUGUAUUACUAAUGGAAAAGACCAGCUUGGCAAAUUGAAGGAGUUGAAUCAAUAUUUGGUUAGUAACGCUACUUAUAAAGAUAACAACUUAGUUAUGCUCUGUGAAAUGUAUAUUAAUUGUGUUAGCAAGCAUCCACUGAGAAGAAAAUUGGCAAGUAUGUUUCAAUUGUUUGAUGAACAGAAUGCAUGUAUUUUUGAUAUAAUGGCUGCAUUACUAAGAACUUAUCUCAACUUUAAAGAAAAUGAUAGUACUAACCAUAUAAGGAAUAUGAUUGAGUUAAUUUCUGCAUUAAUGGAAAACUUUCCACUUGGUGAUAAACUUGUCCAAAAGAAUUCUCUUCUAGUAUUUGCUUAUUUAAAAGACAGCUUAAUAAAGUUUCAAAAUUUAUUCAGGGUUUCCAGCAAUCCAAUGCAUCAAACUGAUAUUUUAAAUCACAUUCAUGUCACUUUCAAGACAAUACUUUUAGCAUUAAACAAGUGCGGAGAUAUGGAGAAGGACAUUAAUAAAGAAGUUGAUGAAACGUUUAAAUUUUUAUUGAAAAUCUCUAUUGAUGCAGUUAUUAAUGAAGUCAUAGUUCUAGACUGUCGUGCUUCAGCUGCAAUGGUUAUGGUUACAAUUUUGUUAAAAAAAAACCUUGUCAUAGAAUUUUUACUUGCUUUACAUGCUGGUUUACACAAAAACCUCAGUGUUGAAUGUUUUCAUAGUUUAGAAUUUGAUUCUUUAUUUCUGCAAUUAAACAAACCAUCAGUUGAGUUGGUUCUUUUAAAUGCAUUACUAACAAAAUUACCUACAAACAUUCUUGUUAGCAAGUUAAUUGAUGGUGAUUGCUUAACACUGUUCAAAGGCUUUUUUAUACUUCAACUAAUAAAGAUUUGCGAGUCUCUUGUGGAAAAGUCUGUUAUAAUAUUAGCAUUCAAGACAAUAAAUACAUGGAUAGAUAUAGCGAUGAGAUUACCUCCCAUAGAUGUACCAUUAGAUUUAUUGUUGCAAAAUGUUCUUCCACAUUUAAUGGUUUAUGUUGAUCAUCAUAUUGAUACAGUUAGACAUAGUAUUGUUGAUAGUAUAAAAAAAUCAUUUCAGUUGCUCUCUAUUAGUAAUCAUUUUGAUUAUAUUAUUACAUUCAUGAAAAACCUUUUAAAUAUAGACUUACAGUCACGAGGAAAAAUUUGUAUAAUGAUUUUGCUUGUUCAAUAUAUUCGGGUUGAGGAAAUGCUUGAACUGGAAAAUAAUUUACCAAAAAAAGUAAUGAGUUUGUUGACUGAUGUUGAUCUCUCAUCACAUGCUUGCAAUCUUUAUAAAGUUUUAUCCGAAAAACACUUGUCAGAGUGUCGUGAAAUAAAUAGAUGGAUUCAUCUAUGGACAGAAAAUAUUUAUGAACAUAUGAUUGGUGAAAAUAAAGAAAUUAAGGCUAAUAUUGUUGAAUAUAUAAUUCCCAAUCUAUUAAGCACAUAUCCACUGUUACUUAAAUAUUUCAUAAAUGAUAUGAAAAAUAAAAUGACUUGGUCUUGUAUUCGAACUUCUCUUAUAUUUUUAAAAUCCGCUCGUUCUAUGAAAAAUACUUCAAACGAUUUUUCAAAUGUUUUUACAGAUUUUAAAGAAGUAGACGGAAUGUGGAAAAAUCUGCUGAAUUUAUCUGAUAUGAAAAUGUGCUUGACUCAUCUUGAUCAACAGGUGAGAUUAGAUACUUUGUCAUUAAUAUGCAACACAUCUAAAAGUACAGACCCAGUGACAAGCUAUGAUAUUUUACUCUUGCAACAUUUUCUUCAUUUUAAUAUGGCAGUUGAAGAUGCUUCGUUUCGACAUCAAGUGAUUACUGAAUUUAAGAAACUGUUUUUGCGUAUCUUUGCCCAUGCAUAUAAAGAAAAAAACAAUUGGUUGAGCAGUAAUUUUGUUCAUGUUUAUUUAGAAUUUUUCUAUUGGUUUGUAAACUUUAUUAUACAUAAGCUAUAUGCUUCUGCACCUUACUGUCAAAUUUCCUUGUCUUUACAACUUUUAUCUUUGUUAACAAAUGUUUUUAAUGAAAAUAAAACAUCAUAUCUUUUGAAUGAACUCAAAAUCACUGAAGAGGAAAGAAUAAAUUUUACAAACAUUCUUUUAAAAUGCUUUGAAGAUACUUAUGACCCUAAUCGAAUGUUGGCAUUUGAUAUAAUAUUAAAGAAACCUGUUUUUGUAUGUACACCUUCAUCUAAUAAAGUUGUUGAAAUGUUUAAAGAUUCUAUUAUGAAAAUAUAUAGUGCUCAACCUGAUAGUGCUUCAGUAGCAGCAUAUUAUUUAACAUAUAUUGCUCUGGAUCCAGAUCUAAUUGACAUUGUAUCAAUUUUACAGAAUGAAGUAAAGACAGAACAUUUAACAGAAUUUUUUAAUGCAGAAACAGUUUUAAGUGAAAUUUUUUUAUCUAAACCAAUAUUGUUUGCGCACUUACUGUUAUUUGAACUUAAGAAACAAUUGAAUAUAAUGAAAUCAAGUUUAAUAAAAGGAUCUCAAAAUGCCCCACUUUAUGGUACCCUUUACACUUUGAGGUUACUCUUUCAAUUCAAUAACUGGAGCUCCAAUCAUAUGAUUAUUACUGCAAAUAUUAAAUAUUUUUCAAAGUUUUUAGAAGACUUAAUUGAAGUUUGUUUGGAAAUAAUUUCUCUUGUUUCACCGUAUGUAACAAGCGAAGCGCCAGAGGGUCAUUUGUGUGAUGUAAGCCUUGUUGAAGUAUUCCAGCAGAUAAGACUAGAAGAUUUUCAAAGUGUUGAACUUCAAUCACAGGUUGCUCGAAUGAUACUUGUUUGCUGCUGGAGGUCAAUGAAAGAAGUUUCACUUUUACUAGGAGUAAUUGUUUCUAACUUUUCUGAAAAAUCUCAAGUAACUAGUGCUCAAUUUCUUACUAAAGAAACAGUGAAUAAAAUUUGGAAUAUGUUCUGCGAUAUUCUUUUGCGUUCUAAGCAUGCGGGGGCUUAUGAACUAGCUAGUUUAGGGUUCAUAGAACUUUGCUCAGUUUUAUGGAACCACAAAGAUUCAGAUUUACACUGCAUUCCCAAAAAUGGAUUAACAUCGUUGAUUAAUGACUUAGUUUCACAAUCUUUUAACAAUGAAACAACGCAGGUAACAAGGCGCAGUGCAGGAAUACCAUUUUUUUUACAAGCAAUAUGCAUCACAGAGCCAGCAAUUAAUGCAAAUUUUACAUUAAAGUUUCUGAUGGGUUUACUUACUGAAUCAUGUUUACAUAAAGUUUGUAUUGAUGUCAAUAAUUUUGUUGUCGCAGUGAAUAUCUUAAGAUCUUUUUAUAAAGACACGAAAUUGGCUGAGGAAAUAUAUCCAUAUGUUGCUAGUGGUGUAAUUAUUGCAAUUCAAGGUUUUUCUUCUUCCUGCUGGGCCAUUCGCAAUUCUUGCACACUGUUAUUCAGUUCAUUGAUGCAGAGAAUAUUUGGGGUUAAAAAAUCUAAAAUGACAGGUCGUGAAUUUUUUACAAGAUUUCCUUCACUGUAUCCAUUUUUGUUUGAUAAAGCUAAAACAAUUAGCGAAAGCACAGUAAUUAAUCCAUCAAAUCCUAAUGCAACCAUGUUUCCUUUGUUGUUACUUCUAUCUCAUCUUUAUCCAUCAACAUUAGAAGGUUCUGAAGCAAUUAUGAAGCUUACUGUAUUUAUUCCUUAUGUCAUUCGGUGCAGCAGAAGUCCUGUGUAUAAAACACGUAAAAUAGCAGCCUAUGCUCUUGUUCCUUUAGUACCAACAGAACAAGCAGAAGAUAUUGUUAAACAAAUUGUUUUAAAGAUAAAGAAACAUGAGCAUUGCAAAAAGAUUGACCAAAACUUUAUUCAUGGUUCUCUUCUUCAAAUUGAAGAACUGCUUAGUAGACUUAAUAAUCCUCAAAAAUUAGUUAACGAAUUUUAUGAGCUUUUAUGGGUUCUUAAAGGAAAUUUUUCUCUAAUUUGCAAAAUGUCAUACAUUGAAAUUCUUAUAAAAGUAUUCAACGUUUUUGAAAAAGGUUAUGAAUUUCAUAAUAUCAUCUUGGUUGUACAAAAUACCAUUCGUUCAUUAAUUUCAUUAGCGGAAAAACCUGGUCAUACUCUAUUUUUAUUCAAGCUUUUUUCUUAUCUUAUAAAAGUGCAAGAAUACAGUGAGUCUAUUGAGUCCUGCUCCAAAGUUUGGAGCUUACUAUCUGAGUUAUUUGUUUCUAAUAAUCGUGACUUACAAAUACUUGUUAUUGAAGAGUUAGUUUCAAAAGAUGUCCCAAAAGAAGUUUUGGACUCAAUAAUGAAUCAUAAUGGCAGACUUAAGAUAGUGCCACAAGUACUAUCAUUACUCAUGGCAAAUCAAAACAAGUUUUCAUUGCAAGAGUUGACUAAACUAUGGAAUAUUUUGCUAGAUUUGAAGAAUUAUGUUAGGGAUAGCAUGCGUUCUUCGUUACUUAAGCUAGCAGGUGCAAUAAUGAUAAAACUUGAUAAACAGGAUAUCAAUAACAAAGAAAUUUUCAAAGAUUUAUGGAAAUUUUCUUUUGAAAGUUCUUGCGAAAAUCAAUGUCAAACAUCACGCAAAGCUGUUGCUGAAAUUCUCACUUACCAGAUGUUUGAUCCAUCAUUUUUUGUUUUGGAUAAACAUUGUUUCUACCUUUUUUUGGGUUGUUGUAUCAACUUGUUACGAGAUUGUGAUGCUGUUGUUCGGCAAGCAGCUGCAGUAAAUUUAUUUGACAACACAAUAGAAAAAAGUUAUAUUCCACAAGCACAAGUGGUUAUGGAAGAUAUUGAAAUGCGAAUAUUUAAACAAUUUGAAUUUGACUUAGUUGAUUGUUUUGAAUUUACCAUUUCGAUAAUAUUUGAAAAAAGUAUCUUGAAAGAAAGAAAUGAUAUUGGUCUUGUGACUGAAAUGUCAGACGUCGUAAAAUCUUUUGUUGUAUUCGAGGAAGGAAAAUUAAAUCCGUAUUUUGAUAAUAGUGAUCUAGCAGAACGUUUAGUUACGUUGUUGAAGCGUUAUCUUACAGAAGCCAACAUAGACAAAUAUAGAAAGUAUCUUUUAGAAAUUUUAUUGAUUCACAAGCCGAAAGAACAUUUAUUAAAUAUUUAUUACGAACAACUGUACCAAUGUAUUAAAUGUUAAAUUUUAAUAUUCAAACUUAACGUUUAAAAAAUAUAUCAAGU